AUGCAGGUGCAGCGGGUGGCCAAUAAGAUUACCAAAUCCUACUUGAUGGACCCGUAUGCAAUGCUGAUGCAUUACAAGCGGGCUUUCAAGUUGAUGAAGGAGAUGAAGCACAACUCUGCCAAGGUCCUAAUCCUGGGACAUAAGAAUCAGUUUGGAAUUGACUGGAAAGGGCGCUUCGAGGGAAUGGAGUUCGACACCGGCACAGUGGACGAAAAGCUGAUCUCCAGCGCGCCGAAGCACUACCAAAUGAUUUUGUGCUUGGAUCCUGUGUUGUACUGCCGCUCCUUGUAUCGCAUCAACCUGCCAGUGAUGAUGUGUGCCACCCUCCGGGAGAUCACAGAACACCCGGAGAUUCUAGAUGUUACAGAUUACCUGCUGCCCUCGCCUACCCGGCGCCAUGAUGCGGCGCUUCGAGAGUUGGUAGCCAGAAGCAUAGACUCAGGCGGCUCUGGCUAG